CCGCUCGCACCGGAUACGCUCCCGGAGAGCACGGCGCACCACGGCGCGGCACCCUCCACCGCGACUCCGCCGCACCUGACGGACGACGGGCGCACAACCAGAGGAUCGGCCGCCCGGGAACCGCUCGCGAUGCGCUGGGCCAGGCUGACGGCCGCCCUGGCGGUCCUCGGCGUCCUGGCCCUGGCCGACGCCCGCCACCACCGGCAGGGACCCGGCCACGGCUCCGAGCACAAACCUAAGGGCGACAUCUCCCUCUGGAUCGACCACCAGCAGAUCAAGAUGUUCAGCGGCGCCGAGAUGCAGAUCUUCGCCAUCACGGAAGGUAUGGUCCUCCCGUACCUGUUGGACCCGGAAUUCGAAAGCAAGCUGCCCAUUAUUCCCAGCGAGGUGUCUUGCGUCAACUUCACGUGGAAAUCCGGCGUCAAGAAGUACUAUUACAACUUUUAUCGACUAAAGUCCUACGACGAGUCGAUACUGAAGACCCCCUCGAUCACGAUCAAGACUCGAGGUCGAGUGCCUAAGAGGCCCAAGGAAUUCAGCGUUCUUCUGCCUUGUUCGGGGAACAACUCCGGGAUCGUGCAAUUCGGAAUCGGCCUGAUGAUCGAGACUCGUAAAGGCAAACCGUUGAACGGCACGCCGUUGCAUCUCAGCCUGAGAAAAGAGUGCACCGUGCGUGAUCCAAAUCCGGUCCCAUGCCCUGAUGGAUACUUGGGGCCUCCGCACUGUAAGAAAGCACUUUGCUAUCCAAACUGCAUGAACGGUGGAAACUGUACGGCACCAGGGGUCUGUUCGUGUCCUCCUGGAUUUCAAGGACCAUACUGCGAAGGAGGAAUAUGCGCAGAGAAGUGUCUGAACGGUGGAAAAUGUAUACAGAAGGAUACGUGUGAAUGCCCAAAGGGCUACUUCGGACUACACUGUGAAUUUUCAAAGUGCGUGAUUCCUUGCUUAAAUGGAGGAAAAUGUAAGGGAAAUAAUGUAUGUCGAUGUCCAAAUGGAUUCAAGGGAGAUCACUGUGAAAUUGGGAGGCGUUCUCCACAACGCUCAGCAUGUACUCGAGCCUGCCGAAACGGAACUUGCCAGCCAGACAACACGUGUCAUUGCGAACCUGGAUGGUUUGGAAAGUUGUGCAAUAAGAACAAACCGUGGGCCUAAUGUGCGAGAAGGAAGCUGUUAUCGUGGCAUUGUCAUUUUCACUAAUAGGAGACUUCUUUGUACGUCAUCUUGUGCUCUUUUGGAUAUUGGCAUUUACUAAAUUCAGAUUAAAUUGUUCUAUAUUCCAAUGAUAGAGUAUUUUAGGAUUUUUAAUACGAAAAAACUAAUACAGUCAUCGAUCGAGCAAUGCCGCGGUAAUUGAACACAUGGACUUCGUGAACAUACCCCACCCCACAUGUGAUAUGUAAAGCUGCUUUACACGAUUUUAUACUAUUAAUUAUUAUUAAUUAUAUUCUUUUAUAUUGUAAGACAUUACAUAAUGAUUGUAUAAAAUAAAAGUAUUUUUUCUUUU